GUGUAAGCGCCCAUGUUGUGGUUGAAGCUUUGAAGGAAAGUGACAAUCGAAGGAUUACAAGCAGCGUGUUUUGUCGAGAAUUCACAAAGGUGCGCUCGGCAAAGUAUUCCAUUGGGUCUUCACGCUCCUCCCAAGAAGCCAGCAGGUUAACACGCUUGCUUCGCGUUAGGUAGCCUUGUGGUCUUCAUCUACUUACUCUCUUGCAGCUGAAGGUUCGCAUUAUCUCUCUCUCCCAUGUUCUCCUGACUCUCCUACAUUGGUGCUCAAUCAUGAUUCACCCAACGCAGACCACUCACACCCAGGUCCCGCCGCAGAAGUCUACCGCUGUCCUUCGCGGUUCUCUCCCAUUUAACGCGACGAAGCGUAUCGGAAUAAGAACCUUCACACCUGCAGCUGAACGCCUGACACGUCGCUCACCCGCAGUUGUACACCAAGAGCGGUUCACAUUCUGCGAAGACGAUCUAGUGGACGUUGACCCUACAGAUUUCUCAGACGCAUCUGCCUGGGAACUGCAACUUGCAUCCAGAUUGCCUGUAUCUCCACCAUCUCCCGGAUUCCGCUCACUGCUCUCUCGAUCACGGAGCUCUCUGACUGGCCUCAAGAGCUCUCGAGGUCAACCAGGAUUAGAUAAAACUAUUCGCAACAAGUUCAAGUCUCGUCCUACUAGACGUCAAGCCGACGACUAUAACAGGGAUAAGAGCGGUGCUCUUGUCCUUUCCCUGCCUAACGUUCAGGAAGUUUCUUCCGACGAAGAAGCAUCCGUUCACGCAGUCACAGACGAUUCCAGCUCACAUUAUUUUGAGCCCACGGGACUUUCGCUUGUCCCAUACUACACAAAUCCCAAGCUUGCACCUACCCCUCCAGUAACUGUUGCCCAGGAGGCGGCUCUUGAUCCUAACUCUAUUCCUCCUUCUCCACCUCAUUCAUCCGUUCCCACUCCCACAACCGUCUCUUCUUCAGCCUCGCUUUCUUCCAAGAAACUCGGGACUGUGCGAAAAUCUGUCAAGCGCUUCGCCUCUCUCACAAAAGGAAACUUCUUCGCAUCCAGUAACCCAGCUCCGGAAGUUUACCAGAUCAUCCGGACGCCAUCCACAAACAACGAGGCGCACGAUUUUUCAUCACCAGAUUCGAAAGAAUCUCCUCAUAUCCUUCCAGAACUUUCGUUCGAUACUACUCCGCUAUCGGUCCUAAUCCACGAGGACCAGGACAUUAAAGAAUCUCCUAUAGAAGACGGAGAUCCUGUACAGUCGCUCGAACAGCCUGUACCUGAACCAAGUACACGCUUGCCACUCAUCAAAUACGAUCUAGUUGACCCGAAGGAACUUACUGCUUCCCCUGCUGUCUCUUUUGCUACAGGGUUCACGCCAGCUGCUACUCCAUUAUUAGUCCCAUCACCCUCUUUCCUUUCUCGAAACGUCGGUGAUUUUCAGCUGCCAGUAAAGCAGGAGCGCCCAUUGUUGCGCAUACACCCUCCAUCACCUGCGCCACUUCCCAUUCUUCCAAGGGGAUUGCUUGGAGCACCGUGUUUGUUUGGUCCUGAUAGUUCUGAGUUCAAUUCAGACCGCCUCAGCUCGUUUGGGACAUCCCAUUCUACUGGCUCGUCUGUUACUCUUUAUUCCAGUUCAAAGCCAGUAUCGUACGUAAGCGAAGGCUCUGCUCGGUCUCGCCCGCAAUCCGUGAACCGCGCGUCGAUAAUCGGUUUCCGGCAGUCGUUCGUCGACAACCGCAGAAGUGUACAAUCUUUCAUAACUUGUGCGUCGCUGGUCUUCCAAGAAGACCACGACAGUGCCAUCUCCCUCGUUGCCGACGAAGAGAAUUCUGCGAAGCCUCGUUUCUUCCUUCUUCUCCAUCCUCCCUCGCCUGAAGGAGUCCCAUCUCUUGAGGUCCCUCAAAACAGCGUUCGGCAAUCCCUUUCUCCUCUUGAUAUCUUUGAUACCAAUAACCUCUUCACUCAUACCCCAGAUAGUUCUUCACGUUCAAGCCUCCACGAAGCUCACGAAGUUACAACUACUAACAAGACUUACGAGCGUUUCAUCCCAUCCAACCGCUCUCUCUACGACAACGACCGUUUUCCCCUUCCCAACUAUCUUCUUGCGCUAGCCCGAAGUAUCAUCUCGAGUGACUGGAAAGAAAUUAGGAACAUGGCCGCAAACCCUCAAGGCAAGCCAGCAGAUACCGUUGAUUGGGGUGAUGAAGUCGACUAUUCUGGAUUCGAAUGGUUCAAAGACCCGCCACAAAGACCGGAGCAACAGCGAGGAGCCCCUGAAGAACCGUUCGUUCCUGACCCCGAUGUCAUCGAGAAGAACGACAUGUUCGACACUGCCUUGAAGGCCGCUCCCAGCGUGCUCUACGGCCGUUAUAAGCAGUAUGGCCAGCUCGGCGUAUUGGCGUGGUGCUCAGAAUUUGGCGAAAUGAUCGAGGAUCUCAAAGGAUUAGGUUUCAAGGGCUCAAUGUUUGUGUCAACUCGAAAGCAAGCUCUGGAUACGUGCGAAAAGAUCCUCCAACUUGACAUGAACAUCGAGAUGCAAAUCAUUGUUAUGUAUCUCUCUUCACAAGUGGCUCGUCUGCGACGAUUCCUUGAUGGAGAGAAGGAGUGGAAUGAUUAUCCUAAGCCCUCUUUCCCUCUCAACCCUUAUGACGGUGAAUCAUGACAUUGACUCCUUUUGACUGCAUGUAUUAUUUAUGUAGCGCCCCUGCAGUGUAUGUUGUACGCACUUUCGCAUUUUGGGUCAGGAUCUUGCGGUUACGAUUUAUGUUCAGUGGUGUUUAUUCUUGUCUUUGUAGCAUAUCAUGUUCGGGUUUCAUCUUUACACAUGGUUCGUCUUCGGAAUGAUAAUUUGGUGUAUGUUUCUGCUAGUGUC